AUGUCCAAAUCCCCUCUUUUUUUUCCUUUUCUUUUUCUUACUUUUUGUUUCUCUUUCCUUUUUCUCUCCUUUCUUCCUAUGUUCGUUUUGGAAUAUGUUCUCUUUAUUUUACUUGUCACAUCCGAUGAAAAGAGGUCAACCCGUCGGUAUUUUCUCCACAACUGUUUCCCUUCCUUUCCCUAUCUUACUACUCCUCCUUUAUAUCUCUCUCUAGACAUAGAUAUCUCCCUCUCUUUCACCCCUUUUCUCUCUCUCUUUUUCACUUCAUCUAUAUUAAAACCUUAUUUUAAAACACAUCUUACGUUUGAUAAAAUUUUUCUUUUUCGGCAUUUUAUAUUUUUAAUUUCGCGCAUGCGCGUUUUUUCUUUCUUUCUUUCUUUCUUUCUAUCUAUCUAUCUAUCUAUCUAUCUAUCUAUCUAUCUAUCUAUCUAUAUCAGACUUUUUUCUAUCUAUCUAUCUAUCUAUCUAUCUAUCUAUCUCAGCUUAUUUAUAAUUUUCAAUUUAUUUUUUCUUGUGCCAUCUGCAUCCGCUCUUAUCUAUCUAUCUAUCUAUCUAUCUAUCUAUCUAUCUAUCUAUCUAUCUAUCUACUCAGUCUAA